GAAAACUGCAGAUUCUUCCAUGGAUUGAGCAGAAGCUCCUUGAUGGGGCAGCUGAUAAAAGUUGAAAGAUAGAGGACGCCGUUGAAAAAGACGUGGAUUGAGCAGCAGCUGCCUGAUGGGUGGGUAGUUGAUGAUGUGAUGUGUUCCCUUUGCCAUUUACUCUGGGCUUUGGUGCGCCGCCGAUACGUGGACUUGGAUCACUUGCAUCCAGCAGCUCCGCCCAGGACCGGUUACCAGGAAAUGACGGAAGGUCGCUGGCAGCCGUUGUUAUGGUGAGGCAAGAUGGCGAGGGGAAAACCACCUCCAGUUCUCUCUUUGACCCCACUGCAAAUUCUUCUAAACCUGAACAGCUGGUACUAUGCAGCGUACUUUGUGGCAGAGAUUCUUCUUUUCAUAUAUAAAGGUCUGCUCUUGCCCUAUAACCUUGCAAACCUGGUUUUGGAUCUAGUGAUGCUGUUUUUGUACCUUGGGGUUGAAAUAAUAAGGAUAUUUUUUGGUUCCAAGGGGAAUCUAUCCCAACGUAAGGUGCCUCUCACUAUUAGCCUGGUGCUUCUUGGGCCAUCUGCAAUAAUGGCAAUUUAUUAUCUGCUGCUUCAGACCUAUGUUCUAAGGCUGGAAGUGACCAUCAAUGCAAUAUUACUGGUGUUUUACGUCUUUGAAUUGGUUCUUUACUGUGUGGGCUUGAUGAGCUUCUCAAGUGCAAUCAUCACGGAUUGAGAAGUUGAAGAAAGGAAACAUCCCUUUGGUUGAUGAACACUCUAUGCCAGCCUAUACAUAUAUGUAAUAUAUUUUAUAGUAUUUUUAUAAGUAGCUUUCUUAAGGAUAAUGUUUUCAAUAUGUUAUACAGUUAUUUUUAGUAAUUAUUGUAUUUUUGCUAAAACUCGUGUAAAUAUUUUUUGUUGGUUCUCUUCACCUGUCAAAGGCAUUCUUAAGCCAGACUUAUUGAUGCAUGAGACAUCCUUCUCUCUCUGCUGGUUCCUCCCAACUUGUACAUUAAUGUAAUAUUUACUUAAAUAACUCUUAAUUAUGCCCCAAUGCUCAUUUGUUUUAUUUUGUCUCAUGUAUCCUGAAAAUGAUGGUUCUUGCAAAUAAUGGCCAAAAUUUUGACCUCCAUGAUGAGCCUAAUGGUGACUAUUAAUAAACCAAGAUAGGAGUGUCAGCUACUGAAGGUAUCAAAAUCAAAUCUGAUUCAGUCCAAGUCAAAUCCACAUGCAUGCACUCCAGUCUGUGGUUUCUCAAGAUGGUAUUGCAGGAGCUGCAAACCAAGAUGAUUUUUCACUUCACUCCUUUGAGGACACUGUCUUUUACUGAUGCUCAUGGAGAUCAGUUAAAUCAGCCCAUCCAGAGAUCAACUGUUCUUGGUAUCUACAGCCUAAUUUCAUACAGCCUAAUGUAUUCAAUCAAAUAUAUUUUACUUAACAUGUAUGGAUCUUUCUUAAUAUUCUAAUAGUAAAUUCAAGAUUCGAUGUCUGGGAAGAUUGGGAGGUUAGGACAUUCAAUGGUAUUUUACAGUGUAGAAUUUCACUGCGAAAGGAAUAUUUCUGCUCCUUAAUCUAGCCCUAUCGUCUCUGGAACAGCGAACUAAUAAUAAGUAACUUUGCACCUUUCUGGGCCCUCUUUAUUGUAUUCUGAAUUAGAUCAAAAAGCAUCUGGAUAAUCUGUGCUACUAAUUGUUGGUUAAGUCACUUCUGAAUAAUUUGAAAUAAUUGGAAAAAAAAUAACACAUUUGAACAAUUAAACAUUGAACAGCAAUGUAAUACCAGUAAAACUCCAUCUUGUUUUGCACCUAUCUGAAAUAAUCCAAUCACAGUUUUGAAAAUGGUGUAUCUUUUGCUUCCAAAAUACAAUGAGCAUUUUGAAACUGAAACCCUACACAGACUAAACCACACGUAUAAAUUGGAAAUUAAACUAAAUCUUCAAAAGGAAACAGAAGUUACAAGUGGUGCACCAUCAGACCAAGAAAAGUGACAAGAAUCAGUCAUUGACUAGAUCACAAUCUUUAAUUUUUCCAUUGUGAAAUACUUGUUAAGAUACGAGUUAGGAUUCUAGCCUGAGUUCUUCUACCACCACAAUGGUCUGCAAUAAUCAGGUUACAAAUUUGUAUUACGACUUUAUUUGAUAAAAUUAUUUAAUGUAAACUUAUGAGUAUUAUAGGUUGGGUUCUCAUCCAUAGCUGUGGAGGCACACUCUGCUAACUGGAGCACAAGCUGAUGUUGUUGCUCCUCUUUUUCCAUUUGGUGCUUCUACUCAUGUUUUAUUUUAACAUCUCUUCAUAUAUAUGCUAAUGCACCAUUUCAUUGUCAAUCUCCACCACAGCUCUGCAUCUUCUAUUGCCAGCCUAUUUGUUUCAAUUUUGUGCCACUAUUUCUUCAUAGACAAUUUUAACACCUUCCUUGCAUUUUUCUAAAUUUCUGUACUACUUGUGUCUACUGUUUCCUUAUGAAGAUUUAGUUUAAUUUCCAAUUUAUAUGUGUGGUUUAGUCUGAUAACUAUUAUUAACCCACUUUAGCUGCCAUGGGUUGCUAGAAUUUAGGUGUCUGUAUAUAAUAUAAUGUGCGUAUAGCAGACAGUAAUGAUUAUGAUAUUUCCUAAAAUCAAAACCUGUAGCAAAGUUAGUUUGCGUAUAAUUAAGAUUUCCCAGUUAGUUGCCUUACAAGCCAAUAUGUGCUACAUACUACACAUUCAGAUUUUACUUCAGGAGGGUUAUCGAAGACAGUGUAUUUAGCAAGUUUUUUGACAAGUUCUUGUAUGGCAGAGUGGUCAAAAAAGUGUAAGGUUAUGGAUUCAAGGGAGAGUAACAAAUUGGAACCAGAACUGGUUCAGUGGCAGGAAGCAAAGGUUAAUGAAUUUUAGGUAUUUUUUGUGACUGGAAGGCUGUUAUCAGAGGAGUUCCGCAGAGCUAAGUACUCAGUCCCUUACUGUUUAAAAUAAAUAUUUAUAAUUUUGUCCUAAAGGUGGGGGGUAUGAUUAAAAAGUUUGCAGAUGAUACAAAAAUUGGCAGUGCAGUUGACAAUGAGGAGAAAAUGCUUAAACUGAAGGGAGACUGAUUGGCUUAAGCAGAAGUAGUCAAGUGGAAUUUUACCCAGAGAAGUGCAAGGUAUUGCAUUUGGGGAAGUUAGUUUACCCUUGGUGGUUUCGAGAUGGCAGCAAGGGCAGUUGUAUGCUCCUCCUGAGGAGGUGGGAGAUCAGGGAAACUUCCAGUGCCUGUGGGAAGGGUGUUUAGCUGCAGCUCCUGACUGACUACAUCGAGCAUAUGGAGCUGUAGUUGGACUUGGGAACAUCCGUGAUGCUGAGAGCAUCAUAGACAGGAGCUUAAGUGAGAUGAUCACACCUAAUAUGCAGGUAGUUGAGUGACCACUAGGAAAGGUAGAGGGGAUGGGUAGAGAGUGCAAGAUUCCUCUGUGACCAUUCUCCUCAAUAAUAAGUCUAUUGUUUUGGAUCCUGUUUGGGGGAUGGCCUUUCAAAGAAGAGCAGCAGCCAGAUCUGAGGUAUAAUGACUGACACUGAUGCACAGCAGGGAAAGGUGGAGACAAGGAGAGUUGCAGUGAUAGGAGGCUCUAUAGUUGGGGGGACAAACCAGACAGGAGAUUUUGUAACUGCAAAUGAGACUCUAAGAUAGUAUGUUACCUCCCGGGUGCCAGGGUCAAGGAUGUCUCUGAGCAUCUGCAGGACAUUCUCAAUAGGAGGAUGGGACUGAUGAAUGUGUGGAUGAGGAGCUGGUGCAGAAGAGAGGGAUUCAGGUUCUUGGACCUUUGGGAUUUCUUCUGGGGCAGAGGUGACCUGUACAAGAGGGAUGUGUUUCCACCUGAACUGGAGGCAGAUCAAUACCGUAUGGCAGAUGAGAAAGUUGAGGCAAAUAUAGAAGUUAAAGCAAGUGAGUUCAAUAGGCAGACAGGCAGGAGCAGGACAGGGACUGAGUCAGGAAGGUCUGAUGCACUAACGAGCAUUUAUUUUAAUGCAAGAGUCCUGACAGGUAAAGCAGAUGAACUCGGGGCAUAGAUAGGUACAUGGGACUGCAAUAUUAUAGCUAUUACAGAAAUAUGGUUGAGGGAUGAGCAGGACUGGCAUCUUAAUGUUCUAGGGUACAGAUGCAAAGCUGUAAGAGAGGAGGAAGAACAUCACACCAGUACUUGGAGAGGAUAUUCCUAGGGAAUCAUCCAGUGGGGCUGUAAGGGUGGAACAUCGAAAUAAGAAGGGGGUGAUCACUUUUAUGGGGUUGUACUAUAGGCCCCCCAAUAGUCAGCGAGAAUUCGAGGGGCCAGUAUGUAGAGAGAUUGCAGAUAGUUGUAAGAAUAGUAGGGUUGCAACAGUAAGAAUUUUAACUUCUUGAAUAUUGACUGGGGCUGCCAUAGUGCUUAGAGCUUGAAUGGGGUUUCCUUUAUUAGCCAAUGCACGUAAGAGCAGGGAGGUUAUCCUAGAGCUCGCUACAACACUCAGAAGGCCACAGCUUGAGGUCUGUGUACAGUUCUCAUCACCACAUUAAAGGGAAAAUGUGAUUGCACUUGAGUGGGUGCAGAGGAUACUUACCGGGAUAUUGUCAUGAAUGGAAAAUUGUAGCUAUGAAGAAUGAUAGGAUAAGUUAGGAUUGAUUUUGUUGGAGCAAAGGGAAGAGAUGUAUUAAACUGAGAGUCCUGGAUAAAGUAAAUAGGAUAAAGCUAUUUCCUUUAGCAGAAGAGUCAAAAAACAGGGCAAAACUUUAAAAUAAUUGGUCAGUAGGAACACUCAGAGAGGAAAUAAGGAUUUUUUUUUAACCCAGAAGUUUGGAGCUCACUUUGUGAAAGGAUGGUAGAAGCAGAAACCCUCACCACGUUUUAAAAAGCAUAUGGGUGUGUGCUUGAAGACCAAUGGCACACGGAACUGCUGACCAGGUCUGCAAGGUACAAUUAAGUUACAUUGCUCUUUUACACUAGGCACAGAAUCAAAGGGCUAAAUGACCACCUACUUUGAUAUAAAUUUCAUCUGAUACUAAAUCAAAACUCUCAGUUUUGUGGCAAAGUGAGAGUACCUGUAACUAAGAAUUCCCACUUUAACUGAAAAAUAGAAAACUGCAGCUGCAGUAAAUUUGAAAUAAAAACAGAUUAAAGGCCAUCAACCUCAAAAGUUAACUCUGUUUCCCUUUCCACAUUUGCUGCCUGACCUGCCGAGUAUUUCUAGUGUUUUUUUUUAUUCCCAUUUCAUUGUUCUACAAGUGGACCACACAAUAAUCGUGGUAGAGUGUAGAGUCCAAUUAAAAGUGUAAUACAGAAAUCCUUAUCACAUGUACAUUAUGUGAAAAAGUCGAUAAUACAGUAAUUACUGCUAAUAAAAUCUUGGUCAUUGGAAAGUAUUUUGUUUGCUGCUGCAAAGGAAGUUUCCUGAAAACCAGAAAGAAUUGAUUUCAGUAUUACCAAAGCUAUGACAGAAAUUUGCUCAUGUAACCAGAAACAUGUAUAUUUUAGUUUUUUCACCAAGGUAUGAGAGUUUGUUGUCUUGUGAUUAAGGUACUCAGUGCUGUUAGGUUGCAAGUAGAUUUUUUUUUUACCUAGUAAGUGAAAAAGAAUGACAAUAGAAUUCUAAGUGUGGAUACUGUGUAACUUGCAGGUACUGCUAUUCCCAUGUACUUGCAGCACCUAUUCUGCUGAAAGUUGGAGGUUAAGUGUUUGGGAGAUGCUGUUGAAGAAGCUUGGCCAAGUUCUUUGGGCACAUUUUGUAAAUGGCACCCACUGCAAUUAUGAUGUGUCAGCAGUGGAACCAGUGAAUCCUAACGUGGAUGGAUGGAGUGGUAAGAAAAUGGGCUGACUGAUUAUGGAGAAUUUCAAGUUGCUCGAGUUUUCUUGAAGCCACACUCAUGCAAGUAUGUGGAUAGUACUUUGGCACUAUCACACUGCUGAUGUACUUUGAGAUAUUGAUAAGGCUUUUAGGAAGGUAUGUCACUCAAUGAAGAAUAAUCUCUGACUUUCAUAACUCUUAUUUCUAUAUGGCUAGUUCAAUUAAGUUUCUGAUUAGUGGUGACUCGUCCCAAGAUAUUGAUGAUGGGAGAAUACAGUGAAGCUAAUGCAAUUUAAGGUCGGGGGAAUGGGUAAACUCUUUUGUGAAGUUGUUCAUUGCCAACAUGUGUUGCAAAUUCUUCUUGCGAUACAAGCCCAUGCCUAAAUGUUAUUUUGAUCUUGCUGUAGGCAAGCUUGGUAGUUUUGUUAUCUGAGGAGGUGCAAAGGGAAUGUACAUUGUUCAACUUCCAUACUUCUGACCUUAUGAUGGAGGAAAAAUCAUGAAGUAGCGUAAUAUGUAUGGAUCUAAGAUGUUUCCUUGAGGAGCUCUAGCAUCAGUUUCUUGGGCAGAGACGAAUGAUCUUAAAUAUCCAUGACCAGCUAUGACAUCAGCCAGUGGAGAAUUUUCCCCGUGAUCCCACUGAACAAUAAAAUGAUUUCCUUUCUACUCUCCUUAUCACCUUAAUCAUAGAAAAUCUCCAUGUCUGUAUAGGAAGAAUGUAAUAACUAUGAGCAGAAUUUUUUAUACUAUAUAAAUUAUCUUUAUAUCAGCUUUUUUCAACU